AUGCAGGCGCUGCCCGCGUUUGCGGCCGUGCGCAAGGAAAACGCCCUCGCGGCGGGCGUGUGGGCGGGGGCGCGCUUGCAGCAGGACGCGUCGAUGGCGCCUCUGGGGCCGCCGAAGCUGGAGGUCUGCCCCGAUGACGAGUUUCUUGAGCAGGAGCGGGCCGAGCAGGAGGCGGAGGCGGCCGCCGCCGCCGCCGCGGCGCGGGCGUGCCUGCAGCGGCAGCAGGUGAUGAAGGGCGCUGGCGGGGCGGCAGCGGCCGCCGCCGCGGGGCGCGGGCCGGGCCUGCGGCCGAUGCCCCUGGCGCCGGUGGAUGCUGCUCUGGCGGCGCUGCCCCCACCUGUUGUGCCGGUGCUCGGGUCUGCCGCCCUAAGUGCUGCGCCCAGCGGAGGCAAGAUACCCGGCUGCAGCGGCGGCAGCAGCAGCAGUGCGGCAGCCGGCAGCGGGGUUUCUGGAGGCUACGAGGAGCGCCUGCUUGUGGGGCCCGACGGCAGAGAGCAGUGCUUUGAAGAGGCCCGCGCGGCCGCCUGGCUAGCGCGGCAGCCGGCGUUGAAGGCGCAGCAGGAUCUGCCAACGCAGCAGCAGCAGCAGCAGCAAGAGGAGGUUUGCCGCCUGGAUCAGGAGGUGCAGCAGCAGCAGCAGCAGCAGCAGCAGGAACGGCAGCAGCAACUGCUCCAGCAGGAGGCGCCACAGCGCCGCGAGCGCCCGGCCGAGCUGGCGCCGGCCGCAGCAACCGCACAGCCGGCCGUGCUGGCCGCAGACCUUGCCCCGCAGGAUGUCACCGGGGCAGUGGGCGCCAAUGCCGACGAUGCCCCGCAGGGUGGUGCGGCUACCCACAGCACGGGGCCGUCCACAGGCGUAGCGACCGCUCUCUGCGACCAGCAGGAGCAGCAGCAGCAGCAGCAGCAGCAGGUGCAGCAGCAGGAGCAGCAGGAGCAGCAAUACCAGCAGCAGCAGCAGCCGCAGGAGCGGCGGCGGCGGACCAGCCGGCUUUCCAUGGGCCCCUUGGCGGGCGCAGGCGUGGGCGCGGAACCGACCAUGACAAUGUCCACCAAGGCGGCGCUGGCCUCGCUGAACCGCAUGUUCAACUCGGACUUCACGGCCAGCGUCGCCCCCUCGCCGCACGUCGCGCGCGGCGGCCGCAUGUCCAUGGCGGCGGGGCGUCCGGGCGACGGGGGUGGGGGCGGCUGGGGCGGCGGCGCGGAGCCGACGGCGACGAUGCAGACGCGGGAGGCGCUGAGCCUGGUGAAUGAUCUGUUCUGCGAUGAGGCACCUGGGGCUGCGGGGGACCUGACGCAGCGCUUCCCGCGCGGCCGCCAGAGUGGCGCGGCCGGCCUAUAUCUAUACGAAGACACAGAGUUCAUAUCCCGCGCCGACGCCGCCGGCGCCGCCGCGGCGCGCAUGCGCGCCGGGCGCCGCUCGUCCGUCGCGCCGCCGGCGGGGGGCAUGGCGCUGUACCAAGACACAGAAUUCCUCACGCGGCCGGUCGGUGGCGCAGGGGCCGGCGCCGGCGCCGGCGGCGGCCUUGGGUUGUAUGAGGACACGGAAUUCAUUACCAGGCCCGUCGGCGCGGCGGGCGUGGGUGCUGGCAGCGGCCACGGCGGGAGUGGCAGCGGGAGCGGCGGCCUGGGGCUGUAUGAGGAUACCGAGUUCGUCACGCGCCCCGCGGCGCCGCCGGCUGGGGGCGGCGUCGGCCAGGGGCCCGGCCUGUGCAUGCACCAAGACACCGAAUUCCUCACCGGCCACGUCGCGGCGACGCUCGCGCAGCAGCAGGGCCGCGCCACAGCCGCAGCCGGAGGGGGCGCGCGGGGCGGCGGGUGCGACCCUGACAGCACCCAGGGGCUCGUGCUCUCAAAGGAGAACCGCCUCCCGCCGCCCGCGCAAGCGGGCGCGGAGCCGUCGGCCGACGCAGCCGCAGCGCGCCGCGAGCAGCUGGGCAGCCCCGGCCGGCCGCCGCGGGCGGCAGUUGCCGGCGGCUUCGGCGCGGGCCCGGGCACCCCUGGCGGCGCGGGGGCGGCGCUGUCGGCGCGCUGCGAUAGCUUUGAGGUGAUGGACAGCCCCGCCGGGCUGCGGGAGCGGCUGGCGGCGCGGGCGCGCGCGGGCAGCGGCGGGGGCUCGCUGCCGUCCACGCCCUCGCCUGACAAGGUGGGCGGCGGCGACGGCUCUCGGCCCUGCACCGCCGCCCCGACGGGACCGCACGCUCUAGAUGCGCGCAUGAAUCUGCCCUUCCGGCCCCAGCGCUAG